GAGAGGUCUUUAAGCACUGGACAGCGAGGUCUUUAAGUCUUGGACAACGAUUCAAGGACGUAAUGCACAGGGCUGCGAGGACAUUAUGCACUGGGCUGCGAGGACAUUAUGCACUAGGAAAGAAUGCAGCGAGGCUCAUUUUUAAUGUGUGCAUUGAUGAGGGAAUGGGAGUCACUGAGGCAUUCCAAGUGGCGGCGAUUAUUCAUGUGCUCCCGCCAGCUUGGGAUGAGUUCCGAAGCUAUCUCAAGCUCAAACGGAAAGAAAUGACUUUAGAACAGUUGCUUGUUCGUCUCCGGAUCCGUGAAGAGGGCCUCACUCGCGAGAAGAAAGUAGCUGUUGCUAAGGCCAAUGUGGUGGAGCAUCCAUCCAAAGAGGGUUCUUCCAAAGGGCCCAAGCCGAAUAAGGACAAGAAGAAGAUUGGUCCUAAAGGAGGCGUCGCGAAGCCCAAGUUCGCGGGGAAAUGCUACAAGAAGCCUCAGAAGAAGAAGCAGAAGAAGGAAGAAGCUCUCUGCUCGGAGCUAGAUGCUAUGGACCUUUGUGCUGUCGUGACAGAGGUCAACCUGCGCAUCCUAUCAUUGCAUAAGUGCGCGCUUAAUCUUGUCCUGGCUGUUGAUUCUGAUUUCUUUGUUGAUUUGUUUCUGGAGUCAUAUGUUGACUUUGCUUUGGUUGUGGUGCGAUCGUUUGACUACGAGUGUUGCUUGCACAUGGGUAGUGCUCGGCAUCACGGCAAACAGUUUCAGAAACCAAAGCAUCACAGGAAACAAAAUGGAUCAAAGCAUGACAGCAAACAAAAUGGAGCUGUCUUGGUCACUGCCUGGGCUGUUUUUUUUGGAGCUAAAGGUUGGCCAAAGUUUGUGUUGAUGGAGAAUGUUGUUGAUCUUUUAAAAUUUCCAAGUGGGUUUCUUGGGAGAUAUGCUUUAAGCCGGCUUGUAGGGAUGAAUUAUCAGGCACGGAUGGGUAUGCUUGCAGGUGGAGCGUAUGGCCUCCCACAAUUUCGCAGGCGUGUCUUUUUGUGGGGUGCCCUUCAAGGAGAAAAGUUGUCACAAUUUCCUUUGCCAGCCCACAAAGUUGAUAGUAGAGGCGUCAUUUCCAAAGAGUUUGAGUGCAACAAUGUUGAUUAUGAAAACCAUGAUGUCAACCUAAAGGACGCACUCUUUCUUGAAGAUGCCAUUUCCGAUCUUCCAAAGGUUGAGAAUACUGUGGUUAGAGAAGAGAUGCAUUAUGUUGAUGAUCCAAAAACUCAUUUUGAGCAGUUUAUAAGACUUGGGCGAGAAGGUGUGCUUGGACAAGUUUUGUAUGAUUGAUAGGCGUGUCGUAGCACCUACAAAUUAAUUUAUUAUUUUCCUUAACCUAAAUCCUCCUUUAUUAAUUAAUAUUCAUUAAAACAUAUAUAUAGGAUAAGUAAGGGUCGAUCCCACGAGGAAAGAUACAUUUUAUGGUUAUGAAAAUCAGUUCUCUUGUCACUUUUAUUGAAUAUAAACUAAUUAAAAUCUAAAAAAUAAACUAAAGGAUAUUGG